AUGGAAGAAGAAAUUACAACUCAAACAUUCACACCGCGAGUUGAGAAGGAACACAAGCCUAAAGUUGGUCAAGAAUUUGAAUCAAUUGAAGUUGCAUAUGAAUUUUAUAACAACUACGCAAAAGAAGCUGGAUUUAGUGCUCGAAUGUCAACUACUAAGAAGAGAUCAGGUGCAAAUGGGCACAUCCUAAAAAAAUUUGGAAUUGUUCGUGUGGCUUGCAAGGCUAAAAUAAUUGUGGUUAGGAAUAAAUCAUCUCCUUAUUGGAUUGUUAGUAGUUUAUUGGAGACACAUAAUCAUGCACCCACGACUCUAUCUAGAUUACACUUAUUGAGGUUGCAUUGCCACAUUUCAAAUGCGAAGAAGGCUUUGGUACAACAAUUAUUUGAAGCAAACGUGUCGACCAAUCAACAGAUAAGUUUGAUGGAAAUUGAAUAUGGAGGUCCUCAAAAUAUUGGAUGUAUAGAGAGAGACAUCCGAAAUUACGAAAGAGAUUUGAAAGAAGAAAUUAAGGGAAUUGAUGCAGAGUCAUUGAUAGAGACAUUUGCUUUAGGGAAGGAAAAGGAUUCAGGUUUUUACUUUGAUUUUGAUAAAGACGGUGAUGAUAGAUUGGUUAGGUGUUUUUGGGUUGACUCUUUCUCAAGGAGGGCAUAUAACUUUUUUGGUGAUGUAGUUGUUUUCGAUACUACGUACAACACAAAUAGAUAUAGGAUGAUUUUUGCUCCAUUCAUCGGAGUUAAUCAUCAUGGUCAGACAAUAUUAUUUGGUUGUGGAUUUUUAAGUGAUGAGACAAUUGAUUCGUUUGUUUGGUUACUCGGUUAA